GGGCGAGCGUGUGUGCUCGGUCGCCGGAGGCGGGAGGGGGCGGAGACGCUGGGCCGUCUGAGCCCGCCCGGGGCUCCGCCGAGGUGCGCCUGUGAGCCGACGCGCCGCCUGGGGCUCAGCGAGCCGGACGUGCCACCUGCAGUACUGGCUGCUGCUGUGUCUUUUACUGGGAAACACGGUUUCCCCGCGGGAGAGCCCAGAGCGCGCAGGGACGCGCGCGCACACACGCAGACACACGCACACUCAUUGACACGCGCGCGCGCGCGCACACACACACACACACACACACACACACACACACACACAUACACACACGCACGCACCCGCGCCCUCUCGCUCCUUCACAACUGCAUCUUCAAACCGGCAGAGCGAAGCUCCUGCGAUUUCUCUUAACCUCAGCAUCGUGGGACGAAGCAGGGCCAUUGUGCAUUGGGGAAAGCCCGGUGCCUGUGUUGCCGCGUCGGGUACAGAACCCAGCAGAACGCGCACCCCAUCGGCUGGAAUGCUUGCCAAUUCUGCUGCAAACCUCUAGGCUGACCCUGCGGACCCCAGAACCCUGCUGGAAAAUGCCGUCUGAACACUGCCUCAGUAUUCAAGAAAUGCUGACAGGCCAGAGGCUCUGUCACUCGGAAUCUCACAAUGACAGUGUCCUGGCAGCACUGAAUCAGCAGAGGAGCGACGGGAUGCUCUGCGACGUCACCCUGAUUGCGGAGGAACAGAAAUUCCAUGCUCACAAGGCCGUCCUGGCGGCCUGCAGCGACUACUUUCGGGCAAUGUUCAGCCUUUGUAUGGUGGAGAGUGGAGCUGACGAGGUGAAUUUGCAUGGUGUGACCAGCCUAGGCUUAAAGCAGGCUCUGGAGUUCGCAUACACAGGACAGGUUUUGCUGGAGCCAGGUGUGAUCCAGGAUGUGUUAGCCGCUGGCAGCCACCUGCAGCUGUUGGAGCUCCUCAGUUUAUGUUCCCACUAUCUCAUCCAGGAAUUAAAUAUCUUUAAUUACUUGGAUCUGUACAGACUUGCUGACCUCUUUAACCUCACUUUGUUGGAGAAGGCAGUGAUCGAUUUCUUAGUGAAGCAUCUCUCUGAACUCCUGAAGAGCCGCCCGGAAGACGUUCUAACGCUUCCUUAUUGUCUGCUUCAGGAGGUCCUGAAGAGCGACCGCCUGACCUCCCUGAGUGAAGAGCAGAUCUGGCAGCUAGCCGUGAGGUGGUUGGAACACAACUGCCAUUACCAGUACAUGGAUGAGCUCCUGCAGUAUAUCCGCUUUGGCCUGAUGGAUGUGGAUACUCUCCAUACAGUUGCCCUGUCCCACCCCCUCGUCCAGGCAAGUGAGACUGCAACGGCUCUUGUCAAUGAGGCCCUGGAGUACCACCAGAGCAUCUAUGCACAGCCCGUGUGGCAGACCUGCAGGACCAAACCCAGGUUCCAGUCAGACACUCUGUAUAUCAUCGGCGGGAAGAAGCGCGAGGUCUGUAAAGUCAAGGAACUUCGGUACUUCAAUCCUGUGGACCAGGAGAACGCUCUCAUAGCUGCCAUUGCCAACUGGAGCGAGCUGGCCCCCAUGCCCGUGGGAAGGAGCCACCACUGUGUGGCCGUCAUGGGGGACUUUCUGUUUGUGGCAGGAGGGGAAGUGGAGCACGCCACUGGCCGGACGUGUGCUGUGAGGACUGCCUGUCGCUAUGACCCCCGCAGUAAUUCCUGGGCAGAGAUCGCGCCCAUGAAAAACUGUCGGGAGCAUUUUGUGCUGGGUGCCAUGGACGAAUACCUCUAUGCAGUUGGGGGCAGAAAUGAGCUGCGCCAGGUUCUGCCCACAGUCGAGAGAUAUUGCCCCAAGAAGAACAAGUGGACUUUUGUGCAGUCCUUUGACAGGUCCCUUUCCUGUCACGCUGGCUACGUGGCGGACGGCCUUCUCUGGAUAUCAGGUGGAGUAACUAACACCGCACAGUAUCAGAACAGACUAAUGGUGUAUGAACCUAACCAGAACAAGUGGAUAAGCCGCAGCCCCAUGCUGCAGAGGAGGGUCUACCACUCCAUGGCUGCAGUCCAUAGGAAGCUCUACGUCCUUGGAGGCAAUGACCUGGACUACAAUAACGACCGGAUCCUGGUGCGGCAUAUAGAUUCCUACAACAUAGACACCGACCAAUGGACGCGCUGUAACUUCAACCUGUUGACUGGCCAAAAUGAGUCUGGAGUUGCUGUCCAUAAUGAGAGAAUCUAUUUAGUUGGUGGAUAUUCGAUUUGGACAAAUGAGCCUCUGGCUUGUAUCCAGGUAUUGGAUGUAAGUAGAGAAGGCAAGGAAGAAGUAUUCUAUGGGCCUACACUCCCUUUUGCUUCCAAUGGAAUAGCAGCAUGCUUCCUUCCAGCUCCAUAUUUCACAUGCCCUAAUCUUCAAACUCUUCAAGUGCCUCAUCACAGGAUUGGCACCAUCUGAAAAGCCAAUGCUCUGUGGAUAACCAUCACAAACAGGAGGAAAAAAAGCCUGACUUUUGGAUACUGGGCAUGAAAA